AAUACGUAGCGGAGCGAUCGUGUUUUGAACCUGAUCAUACAGGCGACGUCACCGCUCGCCCUCCUAUAAAUACGUCGGUUAACCCGGGAGAGCUCGAAGUACACACUACAAAUCACGAAAGCGAAGAGUUCGAAGUAGACACUACAAAUCACCAAAGAAAAUGAGCGCCGAAAUGAAAACCCCAUACCAGGGCAACAGGAGAACCUGUGGAUAUUUCGAGUGUGGAAAAUGCAGUAAACGUUGGUUCUCUGCAAACAGUUGGGCCAACUGCAAUCAGAAGUGCAAAUCGUGCAACACCAACGUUUACCCGUACAAACAGGUCAAGCACGAGAAAUCCGAUGACCCACCGAAGGAAAUCCGCCCCCACCCGCAAGAAAUGUGUCAGAAGUGCAGACAGCUUGGCUUCUUUUGUGGUUCCAGAAUCGCCUCCUAUAAACGCUAAAAUCCACCCUACUUCAGCGUCAAAGGCGUGAGAGACAGAGAGGAAAAUAAAGACUAGAAAAGGACUGUAAAAGAGAGAGAGAGAGAGAGAGAGAGAGAGUGAGUGGAAUAACCAGUGAAUUCUGGGUAAUGGAAGAACGUCACAAAGCCAAAAAUAUUAGGUUAAGUCUAAAAUAGAAGUAAAUUGUAAUAUACGUUAGUGGAAGGAAUAUUGACAUCCUCAUAAUCAUUGUUUCGUCUUGAAAUAGAGUAAGAAAAAAAAUAUACAAACUAAAUUGUAAAAUCUCUACCAUUUUGAUAAUAAAUCCUUUUUAAAGAA